CUCAACAGCCGCACAGAGACAAGAUGACGAAGCGCACCAAGAAGGUCGGAAUCACGGGUAAAUAUGGUACCAGAUACGGUGCCUCCCUGCGUAAGCAGGUGAAGAAGAUGGAAAUCCAGCAGCAUUCCCGCUACGUCUGCACCUUCUGCGGAAAGAACACCGUCAAGCGCAAGGCUGUUGGUAUCUGGGAGUGCAAGGGUUGCAACAAGACUACCGCCGGUGGUGCCUACACUGUCUCGACACCCGCCGCCGCUGCCACCCGCUCGACCAUCCGUCGUCUCAGAGAAAUCGCGGAGGUUUAAACGUGACCAUGGGAUCA